AUGCUGAUCCUGAACUGGGACUGGGAAGACUCCAGCUCGGAGGAGGAGGAGGGGGAUAAGCCCUACUGGCUCCGCAAGAAGCUCGCGCAGAGCACUGCCUCGGAUGACAUGCCCUUCAAUGGGAGUCACUUCCUGAACGAUGAGAAGGCGGCGCUCGAACGGCGGUUGCAGAAGCGCAAGAAGGUGGAGAAGCUGCGGGCCGCGGCGCGGCUCCUGGCCAUGCUGCAGGCGAAGCGCUGCGCGGUGCCGGACCCGAGCCCCAGCCCGCCCAGCCAUUCGCCCGAGAGGACCGAUGCGAGUCUUCCCAUCGCAGACAGUUCCAAGACCAUGGAAAUCAAGACGACGACCUGGGAGAGCAAUGUGUUGCCCUUCAAGCAGGACUUGCCUGGUGAGUCCGUGUCUCCUGUGCGCAAGGAGGCGGUACGCUGGAAAGAGCGGCCGAAGAGCGUCCGGCUGAAGGAGGCUUUGGAGAAGCAGCUGCAGACCGCCCGCGGGGAGUUGCCUCGCCUGGAGAUGCCCCGCUUCGAGCGGCGCCUGGAGCUGGACGUUGCAGGCGGGGGUUGGGGGCAGCUCGCGGGGCAAUUCCAGUGCGGCUGUUGUGCAGAGAUUGCAGGGCACUAG